AUGGCAUUCAAGUCCUCGUAUCAGAGACUUAAUAAGGUCUUGCUAGAGCGACGGGUCUACGAUCAAGGACUUGCAACGACAAAGUUUGAAACUGAGCUUACGAACUUAGAGGAUGCAUUCAAAAAGCGUGGGCCCAACGCCGAAUUCUUUGACACUGAAGAAUUCUGGCUACUGUUUCACAACCUUGGCGUUGUUAACAGCCGUCUCGCUGAUACGCAUCGGGUUCAAUUGAAAGAAUUGCUUCUGAAAAGAUUCGACCAAAAAGUCUUGGACGACAUCGGCGGUAUGGCCAUAAAGAGCACAGAUCCACUCAUGCACGGGUUUGGGAAAGCCGUGAUAUCGAAAGAAAAAAGAGAGUCAAUCGAUGUCGAAGCAGCCCGCAUUCGUGCCACGGAGGAGACUUGA